ACUCACGUAUUGACGCCGGACGUGACGCAGUGCGCAUCGCAACGUUUUCAUUCCGGUUGAGGACACACACACAAGCGAGCCCUUGAGCUGACCAGCCAAUAAACUAACGCGAAAACUAACCAACGACCGUGCUGUGUGCUGGCUUGCCGUCUCUACAUCCGACAUUCGACAUUCUAAACGGAAUAUCAUUUGUGGGAAGCCAUUACCCUCGUCUCCGCGUUAACAACCAGCACCACUAUCAGCAUCGUGCCAUAUACCUCGUACGCAUCUUAGCAUUUUAUUUUAUUGAACCUCGAUAUUAACUUUUAAAUUUAUAACGUAACGUUAUUCGGAUAGUUAUAAGUUUAAUAUUAUGAGAGUUAAACCUGAAAUGGACGACGACGAAAAGGGAAAAUUAUUUGUUGGGGGUUUGUCAUGGGAGACGACUCAAGAAAAUUUGCAACGAUACUUCAGCCGUUAUGGCGAAGUUAUUGACUGCGUGGUUAUGAAGAACAGCGAGUCCGGUCGCAGUCGUGGCUUUGGAUUCGUCACCUUUAGCGAUCCCGCUAAUGUUGCUCUGGUUCUUCAAAAUGGACCGCAUCAAUUGGACGGACGGACUAUCGAUCCAAAACCAUGUAAUCCACGUACAUUACAAAAACCAAAACGAAGUGGUGGCUUUCCAAAAGUAUUCUUAGGUGGUUUGCCUAGCAACGUGACUGAGACAGAUUUACGACAAUUCUUUUCACGUUUUGGCAAGGUCAUGGAAGUUGUAAUCAUGUACGACCAAGAGAAAAAGAAAUCAAGAGGAUUUGGAUUUCUGAGCUUCGAAGACGAGGAAGGAGUCGACCGUUGCGUAGCUGAGCAUUUCGUCAACUUGAAUGGAAAACAGGUUGAAAUCAAGCGUGCGGAGCCACGUGAUUCAUCAAGCAAGAUGAAUGACGGCCACCAAGGACAAUGGGGCCAUCAGCCUCAGCAAGGUGGCCCGCCAAUGGGUAUGGCCGGUAACAUGGGCCCCAUGGGUGGACCUAAUGGUCAGAUGGGAGGCCCGAUGAUGGGAGGACACAUGGGUCCACCCGGCAACAUGAUGCAAGGGUACCAAGGAUGGGGUACUAAUCCUCAGACUGGUGGUUACGCUGGAUACAGCACUCAGUACAACGCUCAAGGAUGGGGUGCUCCACCAGGACCUCCUCAGCAGCAGCAGAUUCCUCCACCGCCACCUCAUCAGUGGGGAAGCAGCUACAACGUCCAGCCAGCAGCUGCUACUCAGGGUUACGGAAGCUACGGUGGGCCAGCGGCGGCCGCAUCAGGUGGUUAUGGGCCUACAGCCGGUACAGGUGGAGCUGCGGGUGGUGGUCCCGGGGGUUCAUGGAACUCUUGGAACAUGCCCCAAAAUGGGCCGCCUCCAGGUACCCAGCCACCACCCCAGCCUCCUCAGCCCAACUCCUCGCAGCCUAACUCCAACUCAAAUCCCUCUGGCCCGCAGGGUGAUAUGUACUCGAGACAAACAUCUGGGUCAGGCGCACCAGGAUCAAGCAGCAGUUCAUCCAAGAAUCCAGAUUAUAGCGGUUAUAGCGGGUAUACUGGUAGUUUCGCCGACACGAGUUAUCCUCAGCGUUCUUAUCAGGGUGGCGAGAGCAACCAAGAAUUAACUUCCGCAAAAGUAAAAACAGACUAUGGAAGCAUGACCUUAGUAUCAAACGGAGAUGUAGCUCCAGGUCCUCAACGAUUUUCCUUGUCCCAACACACGAAUUAUCAUCCUUACAGACGCUAGGCUUUGAACACAGAGGAACUGAGUUGUCUCAUGUGUCGAAAGUACAGAAUAAGAAGACAUAAUGAUAAUAAUAAUAAAUAAUAUUUUUAAUAUUAAGAAACAACUUUCCCAGAAUUUAAAUUUAA